GUGCUGUGAGUAGGUAACGUGGUUGCUGAAAGCACAGACAGCCCCCACGGGAAUGCGUCAUGACAUCAGUGGUUGUUGUUGACGGAGGAGGAUCAGUCCUGGAGUAUGUCAGUGUAAUGGAGAAUCCACAACAGGAGGAGGGGCAAGGCGAGGAGUACCCUGCAGUGAUUGUGGAGCCAGUGCCCAGUGCCAGACUGGAGCAGUGUUACGCAGCGCAGGUCUUGGUCUACGAUGAUGAGACUUACCUGAUGCAGGAUGUGGCCGAGGAGCAGGAGGUAGAGACUGAAGUAGUGGAGUUUGUGGAAGCAUCAGUGCAUGGCAGUAAUGUCCACUGCUCAGACAAGACCAUUGAGGCAGCUGAAGCCUUGCUCCAUAUGGACUCUCCAACCAGCCUGAGAGGUGACCGGAGUCCUGUGGAGGUGUUUGUACCCCCGUGUGUAACGACCCCGGAGUUCAUCCAUGCCGCCAUGAGGCCCGAUGUGAUCACCGAGACAGAGGUGGAGGUGUCCACUGAGGAGGCAGAACCCAUGGAGAUCUGCACUAUAAUAGAGGCCCCUGAAAUGGAGCCUGUUAUUAAAAAGAAAAAAGCUGGCCGUAAGCCAAAGACCCAGCAGCCAGCUGUGUCUAAUGGUUCUCCAGAUCUGGGUAUAAAGAAGAAGCCCAGAGAAGGCAAAGGGAACACCACCUAUUUGUGGGAGUUCCUCUUGGACCUUCUCCAGGACAAGAAUACCUGCCCCAGGUAUAUCAAGUGGACUCAGAGAGAGAAAGGCAUCUUUAAACUGGUGGACUCCAAGGCGGUGUCCAAACUGUGGGGAAAGCAUAAGAACAAACCUGACAUGAACUAUGAGACAAUGGGAAGGGCUCUGAGGUAUUACUACCAAAGAGGUAUUCUAGCAAAGGUGGAGGGUCAGCGCCUUGUGUAUCAGUUUAAAGAAAUGCCAAAAAACAUUGUCGUGAUAGAUGAUGACAAAUCAGACCCCAGCAGCGAGGACCUUCUCACAGCCGAUAAGUCUUUUGAACGAGUUCCUCCGUCCACGGAAAGCCUCCUGACGUCAGUGGAGCUGUCCAAGACUCCGCCGAUCCUGCGGGGAGGAGGGAGGAGUCUGGUACUGCAAGGCCCAGCGAAGGCAGUGAAAACAACAGUGUCGGUGUCACCCCAGCCUCGUAUAGUUAGCGUCACGUCAGCCACACAUCAUCACGACAUCUCAAACCAGCAGUCGCACACCACCACCAUUAUUCCAACAUCAACAGGGCCCAGAACGGUGCGAGUGGCUAUGCAGGUGCCAGUGGUGAUGACCACGUCUUUGGGCCAGAAGAUCUCUACCAUGGCGGUGCAGUCUGCCGGCUCUUCUGUCCUCACCAACACCAGCCCCACCACGGGCAAUGCCCCCAAGGUGGUCAUCCAGACCAUACCCACCAUGAUGCCCGCGACAGCAGAGAACGGUGACAAGAUCACCGUGCAGCUCGCCAAGAUCAUCACCAUCCCUGCUUCCCAGCUUGCCCAGUACCAGCUGCAGGCUAAGAGUGGCAUGACUGGGGCAUCCAGGAUCAACAUUAUGGGGGCCCCACUGGCCGUAAGAGCACUUACCCCUGUGUCGGUAGCGCAGGGGACCUCUGUCAUGAGACUGGCCUUGCCUGCACAGCAGCAGCAUCACCAGGCCACCUGCCACAACACCACACGGGUCAUCAAUGCCGUCAUCAAGAGGCCAGAGAUCAAGCAAGAAGGGGGAGCCCCCAGCACUGUGAAGCAACAUGAAGUGGAAAUGAAGAACGUUGUGGGCACCAAGCCAGUAACUCUCACAUUCCCCAUCACAGUAAAAACAGAAGGAAGUGAAGGUUGAGAAUUGAAGAAAAGAAACGGGGUAUUAGAAAUUAACUGACACUUUUAUUAGUCACACCAGUUAGAGACUACUUGCUAUUGUAUAUGGGGGGAAUUUUGGCAAUUCAUUUUGUAUUAUACAGCUGUCAAACAGACUUUAAAGGAAAAAAAAUAAUUCAAUGAAAGCACGAUUGAGCAGAAGAUUUUUUACAUCCGUCCCAUGCUUUUCACUGGGAUUUUGAACCACAUGAAUUUCAUAUUAUUAUUAUUAUUAUUAUUAUUAUUAUUAUUAUUAUUAUUAUUAUUAUUCUUGUUAGUGACUGAUAUGAUUCAGCAAUUAAACUUUUGAAAAAACACAGUGAAAACAAUCUGGAUCAGAAAAGGGACCAAAUCAGUUCACUACAGUUUUACCCAGACACUAAACAUUCAAAACACUAAGGUAAAAAAAUGUAUAAGAAAGCAAACUUCUACAUUGUGUUUGGAGAGACGGGAGAGAAACCGUUGAAUCUUUUUAACACUUGUCUAUUAUGAUUUUGCAUAACAUUUUACAAACCAGCAACUGUUUGACUAUCACUGUGUGCACAUAGUACCCACUUUAUUGGUGCUAAGUAAAAGCUUCACAGAUGUGGAAUGUGAGUAAUGUUGCGGUUAAAGCUGUGCAUUGGCAGCUUCUGUGCGAGGUAAGUGACAAAAAGGGACUUUGUAUAUGUCUUCAAACCAGUUUAAAAAAGAUAAUUCAAACAAGGAGCCUUAGAUUAAUCUACAUUUUUGUUCAUUUUCUAGUUCUAAAAAAAUAAAAAAAAAUAAGCUAACUAGCUUUUUGUGUAAAGCUCUUUUGAUACUUUGUACCAAGCACAGUAUUAUAGAAAUAAGGCAAACUUAUUUUGUAUUAUAGUUUAUAAUGUACUUGUCAGGAUUUCAGUUUCAGCAGGGUUUUGCUGCAAUUUUUUGCCUGUGUCAUAUUGCCUUGGCGUCUGUGUAGACAUUUGUUUCAGAGUAUUUCUGCCACUUUCAAAAGGUCACGCUCCGCAUGAAUUCUUGCAGCUAGUUCUAAACUUUCAGUUUUUCUUUUUUUAGUUGAUAAUUGAGCGAGAGAAAAAAAGUUCUAGUGUUCAGACUGAACUAGUUUGUAUAUUUAACAUUUGAAGUAUAUUCUAUUUUGUUGUACUCUUGUUUCAAAGUGUAUUCAAGUAGAUUUUAAGGAAAUAUAAAAAAAUAUAUAUAAAAAAGUGUCGACUAAUAAUUUGUAUUACAACAACCUUUUAGACUGGGGGGGGGGAACUAAAUAUGCAACUGUAAGAGGUUUCUUUUUAAAGUGUUUGGAAGUAACAUAAUUCAUCACUCAACAGAUGUGCUAUUCCUCAAUGUGCAGUUUUUCAAAGAAUCACAUUUAAAAAAUCACGUUUUGCAAACAAGAAUAUUGCUUGCAUGCCUUAUUUUCUGGUAGUCUUACGCUGAUGUGGACAUUUCCCUUGAGUGAAAUUGUCUCCAUCUCUUCAACCCUUUAUUUCCUGUGUUUUAAUAAACCAGCUGCUUCCCUAAUUCCUUGUAUCCAAUGACGUGCUAUUACCCCCAAAGACACUGCUGAGGUGUCAAGACCUAGGAAGGGAAACCAAUACUUGAAAGUAUGGCAAGCAAAGAGAGCUUGCAUUAACCUUAACAUAGUACCAGAGAAAAUGAGUUCAUGAAUAAAUUAAAGAAAAUACA